AGCCUUUCAGAAUGUACAGCAGCAAGGAGCUAUGCGCGGCGCUCCUGCUCGCAAUUUUUUUGGGAAUUCAAAUUUUUGAUUCUCAUCAAGCCAAAGCCACACUGAAUUCCCAAGAAUGGACUGAUUAUAAGACGAAAUACAACAAGACCUACUCGAGUGCCACUACUCCUGAAGCGUAUGCGCUUUUCUAUUACAACUAUAACAAGAAGUUAAUUAACUCCCAUAAUGCGUUAGCGGAUCGCGGACAAAGUACUUACCGUUUGGCUAUAAAUCAAUUCACCGACAUGCGCCUCAUACACUUCAAAGCUUUAUUCCCGAAAACCACACAACCGACAACAUCGUCUGCGACCACACCACCCGCAGUCCAAGCUGCUGGUACGUCUUUCGAUCCCAUAACGGAUCUUGGCUUAACGGUAGAAGUAGAAGAUCAAGGCACAGUUUGCAAUAGCGGUUGGGCCUACGCUACAGCCAAGGCUGUUGAAAUAUUUGCGGCGAAUGAAAAUGCUGAGGCAACACCAACACCGCUUUCCGCACAGAAUUUGAUUGAUUGCGCUGGAUCGGGUAUCGGUUGUACGAAACAAGUGUCACAAACCGCUUUUGAUUAUCUCGUUGAGUACAAUCAGUCAUUGUAUACCAAAGCCGAUUAUCCCAACAAUAAUCUAUUGAAAGUGCAGGGUAUGUGUGUACCGCCAACCACAACCACCGGCACAGCCGUCAAUUUGGCCUCAUAUGCACGUAUUACCGAUGGCGAUGAUGCCACUAUGUUGAAAUAUGUUUUCAAUGAAUUUCCGGUUGUUAUCGAAUUCGAUCCCACCUCUUUCGCUUUUAUGCAGUACAGCUCAGGAAUUUUCCAACAGCCCCACACGUAUGGUGGCUCACACUAUAUGACAGUUAUUGGCUAUGGCACAGAUACAACUACCAAUCUCGAUUACUGGUUGGUGCUGAACUCAUUUGGCACAACAUGGGGCGAGGAUGGCUACAUACGUAUACUACGCGAUACGUCCAAACCAUUGGCUAAGUCAGCACUAUUCCCGACUGCAUUGGGAGCAUGAAGAGCAGCGAAGAAAGGAGUUGAAAUGAUUUGGAGUGAAAAGGCUUGAGGAAUUUUCUAUGACUUUUUAUGCUAAAAUAAUUGUAGAA